AUGAUCCGUAAGAGAAGCACGACUGCGGCGGACUCCAGCCUCUGCACCCUGCCCAUGGAGCCUCCCGGGCCGGACGAGGACUUGGAGCCCGACGAGGAGCUGCUGUGCUCGGUCAGCGACAUCACAGAGCACCUGGGCCGAAACAUCAGUAUGGUUCUGGACACUGCGCUUUCCCAGAUCCGACAGAUGGUCACGAUCCGGAUCCGUGUCCUGAAGAUGGAGCUUCGGGACAAAAGCGCAGAGAUCGAGGCGCUGAAGGCGAAGCUGGAGCCCGGCCAGGGGGACGCCGUGCCCGGGGGGUGUGGGUCCGCCGUGGAUGUGAGGAAAUACGAGCCUGGAACCAAGAACAACAACGGCCCCGAGGUCAAGAGAGCCAAGGUGCUCCCAGGGGUGAAGAAGGAGAACAUAGACGCCAUAUGUGACUAUCUGAUGAAGGACAAGAACUCCCGAGGAUGUGGGGAUUUGGACACAGAGCAGAACUCCGACAGAGCGGCCCUCAGCUUGUGGUCCGACCCCGAGCUGAGCAGUACCGACCCGGGUCAGGAGGAGAGCACCACAGAGGACCUGUUCAGCAUGAUGCCCUCUGGGAGCAAGCGGAUGUAUGAAUAUGAGUGGAUAGCUCCUGUGGAAUACUCCCCUGAGCACAAAGUGAUGAAGGAGCCAGAGGCGGAGGAUGGACCGGCUGCAGAGGUAGAUGAGAAGAAGGUGCUGAAGUUGGAUGGCUCAAGUCUGACUCAGGAGGAACUGCUGAGUGAAGAGUUCUCCAUGCAGCAUCCCUGCUCUCCAGGAGAGCCCAGUACUCCUGUGCAGAGCAGCAUGACCAGGCCAGACGCAGUGCGCAACUUCUCCACACACUCCUUCAUCUGCUCUCUGUGUGGAACCUUCUGUCCUGGACCUGCGUUCUUGGAGGAGCACAUAAAACUUAUACACCCAGACUCUGUGGAGGCUCAGGCCCUGGAAGCACUGCAGUCCACAGCAGGCUCUGUUCUGGGAGACAAUGGUACAGAUGUGAACCAGAGGCCCGAGGCCCAGAGUGCGGACAGUCAUGCUCCAGAGGCAGCGAAGCCUCAGCGCCGCUGCUUUGGAUUAAAGAAGGAGCUGAGGAUCGAGGGCGGGUACCAGUGCGGGGAGUGCGGCCGCUGCUUUAACUACCUGGGUAACCUGCGGCAGCACCAGCGCAUCCACACAGGAGAGAAGCCCUUUGUGUGUCCUGAGUGUGGGGAGCGCUUCAGGCACGCCGCGCGCCUCAAGAGCCACCGCCUUGUGCACAGUGGUAACGAGAGCCCCUUCCCCUGCCCCCAGUGUGGGAAAGGCUUCUCUGUGCUGUCGGGUCUGAAGAGACACCAGCGCGUGCACACGGGGGAGAGUCCGUACGGCUGUCCGCAGUGCGGCCGCCGCUUCAAAGAGCUGGGAAACCUUUACACUCACCAGAGGAUCCACAGCGGGGCCACGCCCUACUGCUGCCAGCAGUGUGGCCGCAGCUUCAGGCACCUGGGCACCUUCAAGAGCCACCGCUGCAUCCCUGGCCUCCUGGACACGCCGUCUGGGCACAUGGACGAACCCUCAGGGGCCCUGGACCCUCCCAGUGCUGAGCUCAGUCAUUUGGACCCUCACAGUGAUCAGACUGAGCACAGUGGACUAGAACAGAGCACCUGA